UAGGGCCGCGGGGCCGCGGGGCCGCGGGGCCGGGACCAUGGCGACCCGGGCUAAGCGCCGGCGGAGCACUUCCUCCACGCGCGCCUCGGCCUCCUCCGGGGCGGGCCGUCUCCGCGGCGCUCGCUCGUUUCAGGUGGCGGGGCCCGUGCGCGGUAGCGACCCGGACCCGGACCUGGACCCGGUGGCCGGCUUCCUGAGCUGGUGCCGGCAGGUGGGGCUGGAGCUGAGUCCCAAGGUGACGGUGAGCCGGCAGGGCACGGUGGCCGGCUACGGUAUGGUGGCCCGGGAGAGCGUGCAGCCCGGGGAGCUGCUGUUCGCCGUGCCGCGGGCCGCGCUCCUGUCGCAGCACACCUGCUCCAUAGGCGGCCUGCUGGAGCGAGAGCGAGGCGCGCUGCAGAGCCAGUCGGGCUGGGUGCCGCUGCUGUUGGCGCUGCUGCAUGAGCUGCAGACCCCAGCCUCGCUCUGGAGCCCCUACUUUGCGCUCUGGCCGGAGUUGGGCCGCUUGGAACACCCCAUGUUCUGGCCCGAGGAGGAGCGCCGGCAACUGCUGCAGGGCACGGGCGUACCGGAGGCCGUGGAGAAGGACUUGGCCAACAUCCGCAGUGAAUACUAUUCCAUCGUGUUGCCCUUCAUGGAAGCCCACCCGGAUCUUUUCAGCCCCAGGGUUCGCUCCCUGGAUCUCUACCGCCAGCUUGUGGCUCUUGUGAUGGCCUACAGCUUUCAGGAACCACUGGAGGAAGAGGACGAUGAAAAGGAGCCAAACUCCCCUUUGAUGGUGCCUGCUGCAGACAUACUAAACCACUUAGCCAAUCAUAAUGCCAAUCUAGAAUACUCUCCGAAUUGUCUUCGGAUGGUGGCCACUCAGCCCAUUCCUAAAGGCCAUGAAAUUUUCAACACUUACGGACAGAUGGCUAACUGGCAACUGAUUCAUAUGUAUGGUUUUGCUGAACCAUAUCCUGACAACACAGAUGACACAGCUGACAUUCAGAUGGUGACAGUUCGUGAAGCAGCAUUACAGGGAACAAAAGUUGAAGCUGAAAGGCUCUUACUGUUGGAACGGUGGGAUUUCUUAUGCAAACUGGAGAUGGUUGGGGAAGAGGGAGCCUUUGUGAUUGGGCGUGAGGAGGUACUGACUGAAGAGGAAUUGACCACAACACUCAAGGUACUAUGCAUGUCUGCUGAGGAGUUCAGAGAGUUUAAAGACCAAGAUGGAUGGGGAGAUAAUAAAAGGGAAGAGGACAGCUUGACAAUCAAAAAUAUCCCCAAACUUAAAGCAUCAUGGAGACAGCUUCUUCGGGACAGUGUUUUGUUGACCCUGCAAACCUAUGCCACAGACUUAAAAUCUGAACAAGAUUUACUAAGUAACAAGGAGGUCUACACCAAACUCAGCUGGAGGGAACAGCAGGCCUUACAGGUUCGCUUUGGUCAGAAGAUGAUCCUAAACCAGUUGUUGGAACUGACAAGUUAGCAGGUUCCCUGUUGUCUGAAGGAACAUGCACGAGAAGAAUUUUAUUUGAAGCUAAUAUUCACUGAUAUUUGAAAAAAAGGAAAUUUGCAUCUUUUGCUUUGGUUUCCCUUUAUUAAAUACCAAAAGGAAAAGUAGCAAAGAUAGUGUGCUAGGUAGGGUUAACUAAGAACUGUGUAAGAACCGGGCAUAGCAGACUCGGGAAUUGCUGCUGGUCACUAAGACCAAUAAAUUUUAUAACUAUUUUGUUCUUGGUUUGAACCAGAGUUAGCAGAAAUGUGAUAGUAAUAAGGUCUUUAGUAUAAGCUAGCAUUUAGUAACAUGGACUUUGAAAGUAGACCUGGGUCUGUUUUGAGCAAAUUUUUCCCAAGACCUUGUUUCCUCUUUAAGGGAAGAAACCCUAAGACACCAAUGACAUUCAAACCUCAUUAAAAUUUCUAUUUAAUCUUGAA